AAAUGGAAGAAAAUUAAAUAAAUCAUAACAUCAAAAGGGAUUAGCAAUUGAUCACCGACGAACCCCUCCCGUACACGAAAUAAAAGAAAGGAGAAAGAAAGGAAAUAAAAGGGAGGAGGCAGCCCCCCCUUUAUUUUCGUUUUGCGAGUGUAAGCGACCCAAAACAACUCCCAUAGAAGGCGUCGUGGGAUGGCUCUGUGCUGGAAGAAAGCCUCGGACGCCCACUGGAGGCACGGGAUAUACCACAAACUACGCGACAGGAAUAAAAAGGAGUAUGAGAAUAUUAACGAGCUCAUCCAGUUGCAUAAUCGGCUCUUUGAGCAGAGUGAAUUAUUGAGAACAGAGAACCUACAGCUAACACUUCAAAAUGAGAAACUUCGUCAGGAGAACUCAGACCUACACAGUAAAGGAGCUGGAGGGGAUGGGGGCAGUGGAACCGGUUCUGCUGCUGCGGGUGCCUCCUCGCAAGUGGUUCAGGCGCUGGAACAGAAAUUGUACAAGUUACAAGAAGAAUUAACUGACCUCCACAGACGAAAGGGUGAAAAUGCCCAGCAGCUGGUGGAGUUAAACCAGUGCCUUCAGGAACGUGACAAAUUACUGGCAACCAAAGAAAAUAA